AUGGCUCGCUUCAUCCUUCUGUGCAUCGCUCUCACGUUUGCUGGCGCCUCCUCGGCAAGCCGCUACAACGAACUGUACAACUGGGUCAGCGGAAAAGCCUCCCCAGGAUUCCCCCAACCCGACGACUCCGGACCCCUGGAUGUGGACAUGCGUCUGACCAAACUGGACAUCGUUGGUGUGGACAGUGCCAACAACCUGGUCACUUUGAUCGCCAGAAGAAGGGUUCUGUGGGCUGACCGUGAUUUGGCCUUUGACGAGGCCACGUACAACGUGUCCUGUGUGUAUGCUGCGGCCACCAACAUCUGGACUCCUGACAGUACCUUCUACAACUCUGCUGGCCAGGAGCAGGUGUUGAACCGUGAGGUCAUUGUCUUUGCCGGAGGUGAGCUGCUGGAAAUUGCCAGAGUCAAGGUCAGCAUCAACUGUGAUGUGAGUGGUGUGAACACCUACACUGGCGCCACCUGCCAUCUCCAACUUGGCUCCUACGGUUUGGGAAAUGAGCUGUUCCAUCUGAGGGAACCCAAGGACAACUGGACCUUCCAUCUGGAGUCUGCUUUCAAUGGAGCCUCCCCCUACGAGCUUCUGUCUGGUGACGUCAGCAAAUCUGUGGAGCCCUACGCUUCCGGUGACCCCGAGCAGUUCUAUUACGAUGCCCUGACCUUCACCUUCAGCUUCAGAAGAAAGUGGGGCGGUCAGUAAAUCUGGGGUGGGUUGAUCAACUUUAGUCUGUUUGAUAAUUGACUCUCAGGUUUAUUUAUUUUCAUGGUGACAUUUGCUACAAAUGUAUCCCCUGACAUAAAAAGAAAUACAGAAAUGGGGACAAAAUGUUACAUUUUUUGCCCUUGCAUGUUUCACCAUAAUAUUAUUGUUAUGGUAAAAUUUACCAGCAUUUACCAACCUGUUUUUGUUUUGUAAUGUUAAGAUCAUUUCCAUUCGGGCACCUUGAAAUAAAUGACGAUGAGAUCUACUUUCUUUAAG